CGAUAGAUGCAGUUGGUAUAAGUGACGGGGGAGGGUUUCCAGCGCCGAGUUUCAGGGGUCUGUCAUUCACACAACGCCCGUCCUGCAUGGCUCGUUCGUGGGCAGGAGAGACGGUGCUUGUACACACCAUAUAGGUGUUAACAGCAGACAACUGCCGCUUCUCACACUCAACAAACAGAUCAUCCGCAAGACAGCUGCUGCAUGCGCAGUGGACGGCCGCCUUCAGCACUCACUCCUCAACUUUGUAAAAUUAGACAUCGCAUCGCACUGAUAUCGAAUCCCGAUACCUGAGCGGAAACAGCGAGCUCCGCAGAGGAUCUCCGCGGCAGCUAAGAUUCCAUUCCAGUUUCACGUCCGUUGGCAGCAAGGGGCUUUUCUCUGAACUUCUCCAGGGCACAGCUGUGCUAAUACCGGACUCACCGGAGCACUUCCACUUCAUCAGACAUUGUCGCCGCUGGUCAGCAGGAUCCCGUCAUGACGGACGCGGUGUUUGGGAACAGUUCGGACCGCUGGGUCUGUCCCAAUGACAGGCAGCUCACCCUCCGAGCCAAUGAAAAGGAACAGAUCGGAACUGGAUGGUCAGUCCACUCCAGCCAGACAGAGAGGCAGAGGAAGAAUGAGGAGCUGACUGAUGAGGAGAAAGCGAUCAUCAACAGCGUGAUCGCCAGGGCAGAGAAGAUGGAAGCCAUGGAGCAAGAGCGCAUUGGACGGCUGGUGGAUCGUUUGGAUGACAUGAAGAAGAACGCGUUGGGGGACGGGGUCUCGCGCUGCGUUCUGUGCGGGGAGCAGCUCGGCAUGCUGGGGGCAGCCGCUGUCGUCUGCGAGGACUGUAAGAAGCACGCCUGUACAAAGUGUGGAAUUCAGUGCAGCAGUCGACCCGGCUCCAUUUGGCUGUGCAAGAUCUGCAGUGAACAAAGGGAGGUGUGGAAGCGCUCUGGGGCCUGGUUCUUCAAGGGCUUGCCCAAGCAGGUUCUGCCCCCCCCGAUGCCGAUCGGUGCGGAGAAAGAGCCGAGGGAAGCCGGCUCUGCUGAGCCCCCCGUUCAGGAGCAGAGAGCCAGCAGCUAUCCGCGGGCACAGGGCCGAGGACCAGCAGAGGCUCCCCCUCAGCUCACAGAGCAGCAGCAGCAGCCCCAAGGUGAGCCAGAGGAGAGGAGAGCUGGGGGCAGGAGAUCAGUGAAAUCUCGCGAUGCCAGCCACCACGAGACUGAUCGAGGGGGAUACAGCUCGGAGGAGGACGAGGCUGGCGGUGCCUAUCGAGGUGGCAGGAAAGGAAUGAGACAGCAGAGGUCCGAGGCCGGUACGGAGAGCACUGGCAGAGGAGGCUACCCCUCGGUGGGCCGGAAGCCCCACGAGCUGCGCUCCGCCCCCAGCGGGAGCGAGUACGGCACGGGGGUUCCCGAAGCCGAAAGUGAGGUCAACAGGAGCCCUGUAGCUGUAAAGCGAGCCAACUCUGUCCAGGCCUCCAGACCAGCUGCAGCCCCCCCUGCAAUGGCGCAGCCAGGUGGCAGAGCAGCUCAGAACCCGCCUUCUCGAUACCCUGAACAGAAGCAAGUUCGACCUGGCUUGGCAGUAGGUCAGCCCAUGGCUCCGGGACAGAUGGACAGCGGCUAUUCGAUCGCUCCACAGCGGGAUGAGAGAGCUGCUGCCCCGGUCAAGGAGGAGAGGAGGCAGCCAGCCCCCUACACCCCUGUCUCAGCCCCCCCAGCACAAGCCCCCCCACCCCGGCACCAGCCCCCUCCUCCUCCCCCUGAGGAGGACGAGGAAGAGGCCAACAGCUACGACUCGGACGAAACCACAACGCUGGGUGCGCUGGAGUUCAGCCUGCUGUAUGAACAGGAGAGCAGUUCACUGUACUGCACCAUCAUAAAAGCCAAGGGAUUGAAGCCCAUGGACUCCAAUGGGCUGGCAGACCCCUAUGUCAAACUGCACCUGUUACCCGGAGCCAGUAAGUCAAACAAGCUGCGCACCAAGACACUGAGAAACACUCGCAAUCCCACCUGGAAUGAGACUCUGGUUUACCAUGGGAUCACAGACGAGGACAUGCAGAAAAAAACACUGAGAAUCUCUGUGUGCGACGAGGAUAAAUUUGGACACAAUGAGUUUAUUGGAGAGACCAGGAUGCCCCUGAAGAAGCUGAAGUUGAACCAGAAGAAGAACUUCAACAUCUGUCUGGAGAGAGUCAUCCCUAUGAAGCGUGGAGGAACAGCCGGCUCUUCACGGGGCAUGGCUCUCUAUGAGGAAGAGGCUGAUCACAGUGGAGAGGUGGAGGAGCGGGGCAGGGUCCUGGUCUCUCUCAUGUACAGCACCCAGCUGGGGAGGCUGAUUGUGGGCAUCGUCCGCUGUGUGCACCUGGCAGCCAUGGAUGCCAAUGGCUACUCGGACCCCUUUGUCAAAAUCUGGCUAAAGCCAGACAUGGGGAAGAAGGCCAAAAAUAAGACCCAGAUUAAGAAGAAGACUUUGAAUCCUGAGUUCAAUGAGGAGUUUUUCUAUGACAUCAAACACAGUGACCUGGCUAAGAAGUCUCUCGAUAUCUCAGUGUGGGAUUACGAUAUUGGCAAAUCCAACGAUUAUAUAGGAGGCUGCCAGCUGGGCAUCACAGCCAAGGGGGAGUACCUGAAGCACUGGUACGAGUGUCUGAAGAACAAGGAUAAGAAGAUUGAGCGUUGGCACACCCUUGUGAACGCGAACCAUGUCUCUAGCGACUAGAGGCUCUGCAUGAGCAAUGCCACCUCUUUCUCUUGCCAUCUCUCCCAACCCUGUGCUCCGUUUUCUACAGCAGUCUUGUCAUCCAGCACACCUGCUCCCCUGGAAACGCUUCUGUCCGCUCAAGUCCUUCCCUCCCUUGUAGGCUUCCUCUCUGCUGAACAUCAAAGGGGUUUGCUUCCUUCUGUUCUAAAUUGAUGGUCAUUUUAUUUGUGUAAAUAUACAUGUUUAUAUUUCACCGCAGCACCAACAGUACGCUAGUGGCUGGGGUAAAGGGUAGCUGUAAUGGAAUAGCCGGAAAAUGUAAAUGGUGUUUAAACGGAGCACCGUGUUUCUAGCAAAUUAGGUUUACUUUAAAACAUUUGUCUAGUAUGCAGUUUCUUUAGUUUUGCUCUGCUAUGAUUAUAGACGGACUGCUAGAGAUCAUUACUUUUCAGGGCUUUGUAACCACGGAAAUCUUUUUUUUUUUCUUUUCUUGGUGCACCCAGUAUAAAAACAAAAGUAACUUGUGUCUUCCGACGUAAUAUUCAUAUGUUACUCAUGUGCUGUAUGGGUACAGUUUGCUUUCCUAGCAGUGCUCCAGAACAGAUUUGAAAGCUACACUGACGGGAGUGACUGGUUUAGCAGGGAGAUGGAAUUUCUCAGUGUUCUGUCUCAUGUAAUAUUACUGCUUUGUUUUAAAAGAUCUUUGUCUUCCAUUUUAUGAUUUUGAUCAUUUCUGCAAAAGCAUCCAGCAGCUAGAUUUACUGUCUUAGAUUUCAGCCUGACCUCUAAAGUAGAGAACAGUCCUCUCUCUACGUUUACAUGUACGAGGAAUCAAUCCUCUUGUAAUUGAUUGUUUUGAAUCCGAAAUCUAUUGGGUUUGGAAGCAUCAAUGCUUCUGAACCGAUGCAGUUAAAUCUGCUUAAAACCCCCAACCCGAUUCCAGCUCGAAACUGCUUGACAUGCAGAAUAUAUAGAGGAUUUGGGAAUGGAUUCCUUGAACAGGUAGUUUGAAUCUGAUUAGAUUGUGCAUAUACAUGAGCUACAUGUCUGGGUCACCUUCCCAUCAGACCAUUUUUAAAUCUGUUCAGGAUCUCUGUUGAAACUUAGAAACAGUGGUGCAAAACGUUGUUAGUUGCCAAAUGUAAAAUUUAGCUUAGAGGUGCAUAAGUACAGAAGUGUCAGUACAAUCACUAGAAACAAUAUGAUAUUGAGAAAAACUAAACAAAGUCAUUGCUUACAUUCAGAUUGCAAAUGUUUUCACCUCAAGAUACCCUUCAGGCUGCAUAUUUCCCCUGCUGCUAUAUAAGGGUACCAUAUUCCGUGGCUUAGUUUGAUUAUCUCCCUGUAAUUAUACCUGGCAUGUAAUGUCCUGUUCAGAAACAUUGGCAUGGAUCUAUAGGCCUACGGUCCCAUGCUCUUUGGAAAGAUGUAACCCAUACAGAGGGAGUGUAUAUUCGUAUUGGCACUGUCCUAUAUCCCACUCAAAAUAUUUAAUUUAGAUUUUUUUCUGUUUUUUUUUUUUUUUUUUUUUUUCUUCUGUAAAUUGCCAAUUUGUAGAUAAUCCUUAGUCCACAGAUUACUGGGCCUUUAUAUAAAGGGGCUGUUGUAUACUUGCCUACAAACAAGUUUAUAUGACUGCCUUUGCAAAGGUUAUCAGUCUAAGAGAGAGCCUGCUGUAGACACAGGCUCUGAGAAUGCUUUACUGUCCUGGUGGGGCUUCCUUAGUGCUACUGGAUCUGUCAACAAGCAGGUUAUACAUUCAUUCAACUGCCAAAAGUCUUGGUUUAAUAAAGUCUUGGUUUAAUAAUUCAUGCUGAAUGGCCGAUAGCUUAGAUUAAACAGUGAUCGGGGGUGACGUGAGACCAUUGUUUGAACCUGCAGCAAGCAUCAGUCUUUCAUUAUGUAAAGAUGUAAUCAUUAUGUUUUAAAAGAAAAUACAGUGCUCCCCCUUUAUAGGGUGGCCCUUUAUACUGUGGAACAGGUCAUAAGGCGGUACGGUCAUGGCUCCCAUUUGUCCCAUAAUGCCAUUACACUAACAUUAGUAGUCUCGUUAUAAGGCGGAACACAAAUAGCUUAACUAUGGCUCCCGACUACAGCGUUAUAAAGGGGGAGCACUGUAACUAGUUAAGUAGCUUAUUGGCACGUUGUUGUUAAUUGUUUUGCUUUGCUUUUGGCAUUCAGAAUCAUAAAAGUUAAUUCUGCUCUCUGUUAUCACUUCAGUGGAAUGAGGAGAAGGGCAGUGCCAACACGUGCUCCUAAACCGUGUUCAAAUGAGCCAGUCACGGAUAGGUAGCAUACACCUGAUUGUGCAUGAAAUGUGAAUGUCUGACAGUAGUAUGCAUCAUGCUUUGUGCACAGGGUAUUCAUGUCUUAGACACAGAGUUGCCUGCACAUAAGAUAGAGCUGAGCUUUUCUUGAGCUUUGGGGUACCCCUCUAGCCAAUUACCUGUGAAAUCAAGGAAAGCACACAUUGUACCAUGGAAUGACCUCAGUCCUUAUAUGGCAGUCCACAAGUUUCAUUAAAAAACCCUAUGCAUGAAAUGUCUUGUGGACCAUAAUGUAGGUUACUUAUUUUCUCUUUUUUUCCUAUGUGAUCUUUCUUGACUUGUAUCUAUCUGCCGCUACCAUGAUUCCAUCAUUCUCUCCGUCUCCUUGGAUACAGUACCUGGUGGGUGAAUGUUCUGAGACUGAGUGCACUGCUUUUUCAACGCCAGUAGUCUGAUAUUGGUGAUGAUGAUGACUUAUCCAAUGCAAUGUUACAAUUUCAUGAAGGGGGCCAAGUGUGUUUCAAUCAAUCAAUAUUUAUUUAUCCAGAUGAGUCAAUGGAGAACAAAUUCUCAUUUACAAUGACAACCUGGCAAGAGGUUCACACCACCACAGCAAACAUUACAACAGUAUGUGGCGGAAUAUUUUAAAAGUCAAAGUUAAAUAAUUCAACAGCAGUCUAAACAGCUUCUACAAGAGUUUUUAAUUACAUGUUUUCAUCAAUGUAUUAUACUCACAAAAACAGACCAUAAAAAAGAUCUAAAGGUCUAGUUAACUUAUGAGAUGUAUUGUUUUCUGAAUCAGGCCAUUAGUCUGCUUGCUACUGGGUUGUAAGCUCUGGUUGUAGUACUUGGAGUAAGUUAUAAAUGUAAUACUUAAGCAGUCAGUUCUAUUAAAGCAAAGGUCAAACUGUCGUAAAAGCUUUAUAACCGCAUGUAUAUUUUAAACUGCAUUGAUGCCUAUUGUAUUUUCAUUACACAACGUUUUAUAGAUCAAGCCCAUGUGACAGGGAUUUAGUCUCAAGUUUCUUUUAAGUGGGGAGCUUUUUACAAUUGUUGGCAUCUUAUCUAAACAAAGUCGAUAACAUAUCUCUGUCCUUACCUGGUUCAAUUAGAAUGACUUAACUGUGUCCUUGUUAAUAAAACAGUACCGCUUCAUCUGAAUUGGACACCAUGUAGGAUUCAGAACACCUUUAUAAAGGCUACAAAAUGCUGUAGAACUACAGCAUGCACAUAUUCCCUCACUUUGAAAAUCCACACAACAUGCCCAUAAGUAUUCAUGUCACGUUGUCAUAUCAUUUGGUACAAACCAAAUGCACUGUAUUUAAAAACUCAAUAGUUUAGGUGCAUGUACUAUGUGACUUGUACCCAUCAUACUUUUACUGCGAUUAUGGUGAUUUAAUACAAUCAUUUUGGGUCAUUAAAAUACAAUAAUUACAAUGAUAUGCAUGUUAUGUCCAUUUUCAAAGUGAUUCUGAAGGAAUCGUUACAUAGCCUUUAUGAAGGUGUUAUGAAUGCUACAUAGCAUCUAUUUCAAAUAAAGAACUACCAAUAAAACCAAGCAUGGGUUUUGCAGCUACUAGGUUCAGAAAAACACACUCUUCCAGCCACAACACUAUAAGUUGACUUCCUGAGUAAAAUAGGACGCCUCCUGAGUCUUGCACUCGGGUUCCUUGCUGCACAAAGCAAAGUAGGUCGCACAUUACCUGCUAGACAGACAGGAAACGGGGAAAGAGAACCAAGUUUUGCGUAUGAAUUUGUCUUGCUAAUAUCUGCUUGUUUUGACAUGACUCCUAUAAUAUGUAAUAGGGGAAGUUUGGUGCACUCAGCCUUGGAAAGAGUAUUGACCGGUACUACUAAAAGACCCCACCUCAUUUUUCUUAAAGUUGCUUUUUAGACGAUCAGUCCUCUCUAUUAUAGUUGUCGAGGGUUUUGAUAUCUAACUGUUCAUGGCAUUUCACUAGCAUUGUGCGAUGCCAAAACACCAUUCUCGUUCUAUGUAAAUAAGUAGCGCAUGCACUGUGACACAAUCUGGGGAUAAAAUGCAGACGAACAUUUAGGCUAACGUUUGCAAUCGAAUGAGCAUGUAAAAGAUUUCAAAUAGAACCUUUUGGGUUUACAUGAGGAAAACUAAAACAACAGAAGAACCAUGUUAAUGUAAAACUGGAUCUGGAAACAAUCCCCUGUGUUCCUAUGCAUGCACUUAAACUUUGUUCUAUCUCCAAUAUAUAUAUACCACCUUGUGUA